AUGGGGUUCAACCAAUCAUGGGUCACAGAAUUCAUCCUACUGGGAUUCCAGCUCAGUGCAGAGAAGGAAGUGCUCCUCUUCUGGGUCUUCUCUCUGUUAUACAUCUUCAGUCUGCUGGCAAACGGCAUCAUCCUGGGACUCAUUUGGUUGGAUCCUCAAUUACACACCCCCAUGUACUUCUUCCUCUCACACCUGGCCAUCAUCGACAUAUCCUAUGCUUCUGGCAAUUCACUCAACAUGCUGGAAAACCUACUGCAACACAAAAAAUCUAUCUCUUUUGUCUCAUGCAUUGUACAGAUGACCUUUUGUUUUAUUAUCGCCUCUACGGAGUGCAUUAUUUUGGUGGUGAUGUCCUACGACAGAUAUGUGGCCAUUUGCCAUCCUCUCCAGUAUACCAUCAUCAUGAACUGGAGAAUGUGCACAGUCCUUGCUGUCACUGCUUGGACAUGUGGAUUUUCUCUGGCCAUCAUAAAUCUAAUUCUUCUUCUGAGAUUGCCCUUCUGUGGACCCCAGGAAGUGAACCACUUCUUCUGUGAAACCUUAUCUGUCCUCAAACUGGCCUGUGCUGACAUCUGGAUCAAUGAAAUUUUUCUUGUUGCUGGUGGUAUGUUUACUUUAAUUGGGCCCCUUUUCUUGAUGCUAGUCUCCUACAUGUGCAUCCUCUGGGCCAUCCUGAAAAGCCAGUCAAAGGAGAGUCGCAAAAAGGCCUUUUCCACCUGCUCCUCCCACCUCUGUGUGGUUGGGCUCUACUUUGGCAUAGCCAUGGUAGUUUACUUGGUCCCAGACAACAGUCAACGGCAGGAGCAGCAGAAAAUCCUUGCUUUGUUUUACAGCCUCUUCAACCCAUUGUUGAACCCCCUCAUCUAUAGUUUGAGGAAUGCUCAGGUGAAGGGUGCCUUCUACAGGGUACUGAAGAAAAACAGAGGUUCAUGA